ACCGCCCGGUGCACCCAUUCACUCCGCCUGCCUCCUCAGUCUCCUCCUCCUCCUCCUUCUUCUGUGUCACCAGCGUUCACAGCAGCUGCAGAAGUCUCUGUCAGCCACAUUUGCGUUUGGAAAAGUGCCUCAAAAUGACAAUGAAACUGGUUUACUGGGACAUCCGCGGGCUUGCCCAGCCUGCCCGCCUGCUGCUGGAGUACACCAGCACCAGUUAUGAGGACAAGUUUUACGUCUGUGGCGAAGCUCCAAACUAUGACAAGAGCUGUUGGUUUGAUGAGAAACACAAACUUGGAAUGGACUUUCCGAAUCUGCCUUAUUUGGAGGAUGGAGACAGGAAGAUCGUGCAGAGCAAUGCUAUCAUGAGAUACAUUGCUCGUAAGCACAACAUGUGCGGAGAGACAGAGGAUGAGAAAGUCCGUGUUGACAUCAUGGAGAACCAGGCGAUGGACUUCAGAAAUGGCUUUGUGAGGCUGUGCUACACUGACUUUGACAAGAUGAAACCAGGGUACCUCGAGGCGUUGACUGGCACACUGAAGCAGUUCUCAGGUUUCUUGGGGGACAGAAAGUGGUUUGCUGGUGACAAGAUCACUUUUGUGGACUUCAUUAUGUACGAGCUGUUGGAUCAGCACAGGAUGUUUCAUCCUACAUGUCUGGAUGACUUCAAGAACCUCAAAGAUCUUUUGGACCGAUUUGAGGCUCUGGAGAAGAUUUCUGCCUACAUGAAGUCAGACAGAUUCAUGAAGACUCCUGUCAACAACAAGAUGGCCAAGUGGGGAAACAAGAAAGAGUAAAGUAACGCAUUUACCUGCUAUUGAAAUAAUGAAAACAGAGUUCACACGUAGUGUACAGCUGGCUCAACACAAAUUUUUUAUAUUUUGUCUUUAUAUAACCUGCUGGUCGUCUAGGUUUCAUGCCUUAUAAUCAUGCUACACUCAAGUAUUUACAAGCUAAUUCAACAGUUUUAGUUCAGUUGUGUAAAAAUAAAUCCAAGUUUGUACUGACAUUAUGAACAUGUGUGAACUUUAUUAACUUAAUUUCUUUGUUACAUCUGAAACAGAUUUCUUUUGGCAGAUUAAAGAAAAAUCUUGCA